AUGUUUUCAUUGUGGAAUAUUCAUUGUUCGCUCUCCUUAUUUUUUCACAGCGUGUUUAUCAUUUUAUCGACCUUGGGUACCUUUUUUGUUCCCUUUUUUAUCACUUUAUCUUCAGUGAUUGUCCUUACGAAUAAUGCAACCAAGUCACGAGCCGUUUAUGCGAAGAAGCUAGAGAGGCUUGGAUUCAAUCGUAAGCUCGACAAGGCUUCCUUGGUCAACCCAGCUGCGGUUGUUGCUGACACGUUGUGCAGAGCGGGCAUCGUCGGCGACAAAAUGGUCUACUUGAUAGGAUCUCAAGGAGUACGUGACGAAAUGGAUGCUCUCGGUAUUCAGUACUUCGGCCAUGGUCUAGAACCCCGAGACGAUUCUGAUGGGAGUGCCUUCAUAUUCGAUAUCGAUCUUGAAGUAGACCCUUGCGACGUUGGAGCAGUGGUUGUUGGGUAUGAGAAGCAUUUCGACUACCACAAGUUGCUGAAGGCUGCCAACUAUCUGCAGCAUCCACACUGCCUUUUCCUGGCCACCAAUGAAGACGAGACGCCCCAUCGUGGCAGCGGUGCGAUGUGCAUCCUGGUAGGGAACCGACCACUGUCGGAAAGCCGAACACUCCAGCUUUCGAUUACAUCAAAAGGACGAUGGAGGAUCAACCCUGGUCGAACCAUGAUGAUCGGAGACAGGACAAACACCGAUGUGAAAUUCGGUCGGGAUCACGGUCUGAAGACGCUGCUUGUGCUCUCCGGUUGCCACCAACUCGAAGACAUCGCAGAGAAUCGCAUGAAUGGUCACUUUGACAUGGUCCCUGACUUCUAUGCACCUUGUCUGGGAGCUCUGAUGGACGUCAAGAACCCGGGC